AUGAUUAUUAUUUCACGCACCACUGCCUUAUUAUUACUGUUGAUCAGCUCUACUUCGUGUCUUUGUCCUCAGAAUUGCAGUUGUGACAAUGAAUAUCAGUUAUCUGUGAUUUGUAAUAAUGUUAAAUUGCAAUAUCUUCCAUCUUUGCUACACCCCGGUACUCAAUCUCUGAGAUUAUCCAAAUGUCAAAUUGAACAGCUUGAUCCCGAUAUUAUGGAAUUAUACCCAGAUAUAAUACAUUUGGAUCUGUCCAGUAAUAAUAUUUCUGCUCUUGGAAAUAAUAUUUUUCGACAUCAAGGCAAAACUCAAUUUUUAAAUUUGAACAAAAAUAAUUUUCCGACUAUAUUCCGCAAUAGCUUGUAUGGUCUACAUAAAUUGCAGUAUCUCGAUUUAUCAUCCAAUAGAUUACAAAUGAUUGAAUUGAAUGCAUUUGAACAUUUGGACGAGUUACUGGAAUUUGAUCUUUCAUACAAUGCACUUCAAAAUUUAUCAUUUACAACGUUUAAUGGUCUAACAAAUUUACAAAAAUUGAUAAUUGCCGGAAAUCAAAUUACAUAUUUGGAUGGUCCUAUAGCCAAAACUUUACCUAAUUUGAGAACUAUUGAUCUGAGUGAUAAUAUGAUUACAGUGAUUGCAUCCGAUGCAUUGAUCGGGUUAAAUUUAAUAAAAACAAUCGAUUUAUCAGCAAAUUUUUUGCAAGAAAUUCCAAAAUUUGGUCAAAAUAAUCUGAUAAACUUGGAACAUUUGAAUAUAAGUUUUAAUAAGCUAAAAAAAAUUGAGCCGUACAGCUUUCGACCACUUUUAUCAUUACUGGAAUUGAAUUUAAUUAAAAAUGAAUUCGUCAUCCUUCCUGCAUUAGCAUUCGAUGGAUUAUUUCGAUUACAACAACUCAAAUUAAACGAACAACAUUUUCUUAAAGAAAUCCAGAAUGGCGCAUUUUCUGGAUUGGCAUCCUUGGAAGUAUUGGAUUUAAGUUAUAGUCGUCGCUUAGAAUACAUUGAUGAGAAUGCAUUUGAAGUUAGUCACGCUUUACGCACUUUCAACGUUAGCUUCUGCGCUCUAAAAACUUUUUCAUCCAAUUUAUUUGAUUGGAAAAGAGUAGCUGAACUAUACUUACAUGGUAAUCCAUUUCAUUGUGAUCAUAAAUUAUUAACUUUCCUACCGGAUGUUUUACGUUUACGUUCCAUUCACAAUGUCAUUUGUGCCACUCCAGAUGAACUACAAAACAUCAGUAUUUCAUCGCUGGAUACGGUAGAGGUAGCAGUGGAAGACGCGAAACGAACUCUUACCGUUCUUUGUUCCACAUUAACUGCCUUAACUGCAAUUAUCAUAUUGGUGCUCUUCCUGUAUUCGAGAAUAACCCCAACUGAUAAUCAAAUUAGACAGUCGAAAUCUAGACAACAAUGUUGUCGAAAUUUGCACGGUAGAAGAGAAUACAUUUUUCCGGAAUACUAUAAUUCGGUUAUCGAAUUCAAUAUUUCAACAGCUAAAAGACAACAUACAUUUGUGGAAUCAUUCGAAUCCACAAUUCAUGCUAACAAUAAUAUUUGCUUGGAACAAACUGAUCUUACUUAUUUAUCUACUAAAUGA